CGCAUUUAUUGACACGUAGCCAGUUAGAUAUCUCCACGUAACCACUCUCUCGACUCUAGCAAGUGGAUAAAGAACCUUUUGUUUUGAUCAUCGACCGCUCUGAAAAAUCAAUUUGUGAUUCUUCAUCAAAAUUUGAGGGUUUCCUUAGGAUUCUCUGAUUAUUCAAAUCCCAGUCUGAAAUCUUCGAUUCUCAUGGAGGCUGAGUUGCUCGAUUGGGAGUUGGUUCAUGGCUCCGACUCCGAAUCAUCUGAUUCAAUCAUUUCAUCGAACAAGAAAUCAGGGAGUUCAAGUGUAAUCGAUGACGGUAUAAUUCUCUUUGAUCAUUUCUCUGCCACUAAUAUCAUAAAUUUACAUGGUGCGACCACUGAUCGGAGCCUGGAAUCGGGUGAUUCUUCCCGGGUCGAUAACGGGUCGGAGUCUCCGAACCAGAGGCACAAUACGGUAGAGGUUCUGGGUGAUCUGGGUUUCGAUCAAUUAGAUUUACAUGAUUCCAAAAUUGGAAUAUCUGGUGAUGGUGAGGUUAAGGUGAGUGAUUUUGAAGCUGCCGAUGAGAAGCUCGUCGAGAGCGAGGCUGUUUCUGAACCAACUGGUGGAACCGUCGUAUCUGACUGUGAAGAUGUGCGUUUGUUUGAAUCAGACGAUGUGGAAGUUGCUGAUGGAAGGAACGUUGAGAGCCAAUCUGAUGUUGAAGAGCCUGUUGUGGAUUCGAGCAAGCCUUGUUCUGAUUCAGGGGAGGAAGAACUGGUUUCUGGAGAUUCUGGGAAUGUGAAUGAUCAAGGGGUGAUUAUUUGUGAUAGUGUUGUAUCUACUGAAGCAAGGCAAUCUGAUGUUGAAGAGCUUGUCGUGGAUUCGAGCAAGCCUUGUUCUGAUUCAGGGGAGGAAGAACUGGUUUCUGGAGAUUCUGGGAAUGUGAAUGAUCAAGAGGAGAUUGUUUGUGAUGGAGUUGUAUCAACUGAAGCAGUUGAGGAAAGUGGAGGGAAUACUGAAGAAGUUGUGGCUGUAGAUUCUGCCGUGAGAUCUUGUGAUGAGAGUAAAAGCAGAGAGACUGUGUGGUGGAAGAUGCCAUUUGUGCUUGUCAAGUACUAUUCGUUUAGGAUUGGUCCUGUUUGGUCUGUGUCUUUGGCUGCAGCUGUGAUGGGUUUUGUUCUCUUGGGACGCAGACUCUAUAACAUGAAAAAGAAAGCUCAAAGGUUCCAUCUUAAAGUUACCAUUGACGAUAAGAAGGUGUCGCGAGUGAUGAGUCAAGCAGCACGACUCAACGAAGUGUUCACAGAGGUAAGAAGGGUUCCUGUGAUCCGCCCUGCUCUGCCUUCUCCUGGUGCAUGGCCAGUUUUGAGCCUUAGAUGAGAAGCCGAUUACUACUACAAUACAUAUACGCAGUGAAGAAUCAAUCAAGUAAUGUCUUAUAAAUGUUAUGUACCUAUAAGAAUAGAGAUGAUACAUGUGUGUUUUAUGACGUACAUACGCAUUAGUUUACCAUCCUAUGAUAUCGCUUUUGUGAGUCUUGUCUCUGCAUAUACAGUUGAUUGCAUCUCGUAAGCUAUGUGGGUUUUGGUAUGAAUAUCAAAAGGUUUUGAAAGCUUGAAAAUUUUUAAACUUAGGCUCGAGAGCCUUCUUAUUAUCAGAAUUCUUGAUUUUGUUCUUUACUUGAACAAGAAACGUUGGGAUGAUACACAAAACAAUUACAUUUGGUGUAAAAAAUGUUGAAUCUUGGACUUGGAAUCAAU